UGUGCGGUUCCGUUUCGGUUCCGCCCCACUCACUUCCGUUCCGGUGUUGUCUCCGGUUCCGCCCCGUCUGCUCGCCUCGCAGAAAGCACCGCCCCCAAGUCUUGGGCUGGGCAAAAGGGUCUGGCUCCUGAUUGACAGUAGGACCAGCCAGUUAGCCUGUGACGUAGGUGGGGUGCGGUUUUGAGCGCGAAACAUGGCCAUGGCCGGGCUAGGCGCGGGCAGCAGCGAUUGCAGGGAGGACGGGAAUGAGAGCAGCGUUCUCGACGCGGCCGUGGAGGUGUACGGCAAGCUGAAGGACCUCAACUGCCCCUUCCUUCAGGGGCUCUACAUCACCGAGCCUACCACCAUUCGGGAACUGCUGUGCACUCCCUCCAAAUUCCGCCUGGAGAUCCUGGAGUGGAUGUACAGCCGCGUGGACCCCUCCUGGAAGGACAGGCUCGAGGAGCUGAAAGGUGCCCCAAUGGAGGCCAAGAUCCGAGAAAUGGUGGAGUUGGGCUCUGAGUUGCUGCUGUGUGGCCCCCGGGACCACAAGCUCCUGAAGGGCCGGGAUUGUGCCCAGAAGCAGCUGUGCUUCAUGGACCAGCUGCUGAUGGCAGGCCAGAGCUUGGCCAGCGCAGAGGCCAACUGGCCUAGUGCAGAGGAAUGCUUGGAGGACCUCCAGGACAAGAAUGAACUGCUGCUGGCCAGUGUAUUCUCUCUGGGCCACCCACAGUGGCUCCUGAGCCCCGCCUGGGAUACCUGGCCCCUGGAUGUGCAGCCCCUCCACUGUGGGCUGCACAAUGACCACAAGGAGGUGCUGCAGCCGUGCACCCCACCUGCUUGUGACUCCCUGCACUGGAACCCACACAACCAGCUGCUCCCUUUCCAGGACACUCAGGCUGGCCUUUCGGCCCGGCAGGCGCAGGAUGAAGUGAAGAAGCUGGUGGUGCAGCUUCAGGAGUCAACAAGCAGGCUGGAAACACUCAGGAGCGAGUACCAGGAACAACCUAAGCAGGAGGAGUGUGUGAGCUGGACCACGGCUGGAACCCUGGACCAGACGCUGCGCCUUGUCACCUCAGACUUCUAUCAGCUCAUCCUGGCCUUCCUGCAAGUGUGUGAACACGAGCUGGCCGAGUGCUAUCCGCACCCCAGGCCCCAGCUGCACCUCAGUGGACCUAUCAUCCAGACCAUAGACCAGAUCCUCACCUCAUACAGUCAGCUCUUGAAAGUGGUCGUGGAGGUCACUGCUGCGUCGGGCCAGGCAAUGGAGAUGGUGCAGUGGCAGCCGUGCGAGCAGCUUUGCUGGGCCAGCAGCAUCUCCGUGGAGAGUCUCGCGUUCGCUUUCCUCUCCUGUGAGCGCGUCACCAUGUCCGAGGCGUGCAGGGCCGAGACCUUUGUCUUUCUGGACCUGGAAGCCACAGGGCUCCCCAAUGUGGAUCCUGAGAUCGCCGAGAUCUCGCUGUUUGCUGUCCACCGCUCCACCCUGGAGAGCCCAGAGCGGGAUGAGUCUGGCACACCGGUGCUGCCCCGGGUCCUGGACAAGCUGACGCUGUGCAUGAGCCCACAGCGACCCUUCACAGCCAAGGCCAGUGAGAUCACGGGUCUGAGCAGCGAGGGGCUGGCACAGAGUUGCAAGGCCGGCUUCGAUGCUGCCGUGGUCAGCACGCUGCACGCUUUCCUCAGCCGCCAGCAGGGCCCCCUCUGCUUGGUGGCCCACAAUGGCUUCGACUAUGACUUCCCGCUGCUCUGCACAGAGCUGCAGCGCCUGGGCGCCUGCCUGCCUACAGAUACCGUAUGUCUGGACACGCUGCCUGCACUGCGGGGCCUGGACCGUGCCCACAGCCAUGGCACUCGUGCCCAGAGCUGCAAAGGUUAUAGCCUGGGCUGCCUCUUCCGCCGCUACUUCCAGGCUGAGCCGAGUGCUGCCCACUCUGCCGAGGGGGAUGUACACACACUGCUUCUGGUGUUCCUGCACCGUGCCACGGAGCUGCUGACCUGGGCUGAUGAGCAGGCACGCAGCUGGGCACACAUUGAGCCUAUGUACAUCCCUCUCGAGGGCCAGAACCUGGAGAACUGAGCGGACUGUGGACUGGGCACUGCCUGUACUGUGACCACCACCAGGCCCCCACUGGGAACACAGCAUCACUGUCCACUUUCCUUCUGGGUUGCCCAGAUUCCCUGCACCUGCCAGAUCUUUACCUGGCCUCACAGCUCUGGAACCUCAGGAGCCUGCCUUUGGCUACUGCUCUGGAGUGGGCCAUGGUUGAUCUGCGCCUGCAUCCUGUUUGCCAAUAAAUCUGACCUAUUUCUCA